CGCCUUUUUUGUGUCUCUCAGCAUUUCCUUCAUGGACUAUAGCCUACUAUUUUUUUUUUUUUUACUUUACUUGGAUAAAUAACCACCCAAUAUAUUUUUGUUCCAAGUCCCGAUUACAUAAAUACAUUGUCAGUGUUUCCGAAGUAAACUGCUAAGACAAUAGGAGCCAUAACCUUUUGCAACAGGUUAAAAUAACGAUUGUUUAGACCAUUAUUUAGUUCCACAUGGCACCCGUUGCCUGGCAACGUUGCGUCAACCUCCUUUUCCAAAACACAGUACGGUGAGGUUAUUGUUGUCGGUUUAAAACCUCGAAGUUGCCUCUUGGUCUGGAAAGAAAACGCCAUAAUAUGGGAAAGAAGUCGAGGAACGAGAGGGAAACGCCAAUCAAGGAAACGGUUUAAUUCAUGAUGAACACAGCCUACUGUACAUCCCGGGAACAUAUCAAUUAGAAAGCAUGCACAACUCUCUGAUUGGAACUACUACUAUGGAACUUGAUUCAUUGGGGCUUGGCAUCAAAGUUUGAGCCGCUACCCCUUGAGAGCAAAGCCCCAGCAACAGUAGUGCUGCUGUUGAACUCCCCAGAGGAGGACAUUUUAAUCAAAGCGUGUGAAGCGAUCCAGACAUUUGCAGAGAAAGGAGAUGAGAACAAGGUUUCUCUGCUGGGACUUGGGGCAUUAGCGCCUCUCUGCCAACUCAUUACUCACAACAACAAGCUGGUCAGACGCAAUGCCUUCAUGGCCUUGGGCAUCAUGGCCACCAAUGGUGAUGUAAGGACUGCGUUGAAAAAAUUAGAUGCCAUUCCAUCAAUUAUUGAAAAACUAUCACUCGAAGAUGAUACAGUUGUCCACGAGUUUGCAACACUGUGCCUGGCUUCUUUGUCAGAGGAUUUCCUCUGUAAGGCCCAGAUCUUUGACAACAAGGGGCUGCCAACUCUAAUUCAGCUGCUGUCUAGUUCUGACCCAGAUGUCAAGAAGAAUUCACUAGAGACCAUCUCCAACCUAGUACAGGACUACAAAAGCCGACUGGUGGUACACGAAUUAGGUGGGAUCCCUCCACUUCUGCAGCUCUUAAAUUCGGAAUUCCCUGUCAUUCAGCAUUUGGCUUUAAAGACGUUGCAACAUGUCACUACUGACAGAGAUGCAAACAAGACCUUCAGAGACAAGCAGGGAUUUGAGAAGCUUAUGGGUAUCCUGAAUAAUGUGAACUUCAGUGACCUACAUGCUGAGGCCUUACAUGUCCUGGCUAACUGCUUGAGUGACAGUGAAAGUGUCCAACUCAUUCACAAGAGUGGAGGACUGACCAAGUUGAUGGAAUUUGUCCUCACUCCCAGUGUGCCUGAAAUCCGGUCAGGUGUUAUUAAAUGCAUCACCAGGGUGGCUCAGAGCUCUGAGACCUGCAAAGUGCUUCACGAGCAGGAUGUGGAGACUGUUCUGAUUGAGCUUCUGUCCUUGGAGAACAUUGAUGUGAUGACGUCUGCCUGUCAGGCUGUGGCUGCCUUGACCUUUCACCCAAACAGCAAAGAACGCUUCAGAGAACUUGGUUGUAUCAGUGUCCUGGUUCAACUGCUGAGCAGGGAGAGUUUGGCACUGAGAGAGGCGGCAACCCAGGCCCUCUCUAACCUCACUCAUAACAGCGAGUCAAAUGCCUUUGAAGUGUAUGAGGAAGGUGGCGACAAGCUCCUCAUACAGCAGUUGUAUCAAAGCUGUCCAAAGAUAGUGGCCAAUUCUGCUGCCACACUUUGCAACAUGGCAGAACAUGAGAUCAUCCGCUGUAGCAUCUUGUCACAUGGAGCCAUACAGGCUCUGUUGGAACCCUUGAAAUCUACAGUUACACAAGUCCUGGUAAACACUGCACGUUGCCUGGCAGUGCUGGCCAGUGAUGAAGAAGCUAGGACAGAGCUAGUCAGAGUUGGAGGUCUUCAGCUUCUGGUCAAUCUACUGCAGUCUCACUCCAAGGAGGUGCUGCACAUUGCAUGCUUGGCAGUGAAUGUCUGUGCCAGUGAUGAGCCAACUGCUGUGGAGUUGUGCAAAUUUGGAGCCCUGGAAAUACUUCAGGAAAUCAACCAGUCAAAGACCCGUAGGAACAGUUUCAGUGAGUUGGCUGUGAACAGCCUACUUAACUCCAACUUGUCUUUUAAAUACAGCCUGACAAGUUCUUUGGCCUCCACUGACAUCAUCACCUGCGGCUUCUACGAUGCUGGAAAGGCUCGCCCUGGUCAGAGGAUGCUGACUUUAGAGGAACUGUCCAAGCAACCGGUUAACCAGCGGCAAGCCAUUAUUUUUGUCAACAAAGCAACAGUAUUGCCAGAUAGGGAGACAGUAGAUGUGCCAGAAGAGACACAGAACAAGCCAUCAGAGUCAGACGGCAGAGUCAGAGGAGAGCGUAAAACACCAAAGGUGACAGUAGAUGUGCGAGACGAAACACAGAGCAAGCCAUCAGAGUCCGAAAGCAGAGUUAAAGGAGACCGUAAGACACCAAAGAAGAAGAAGGAAGAGGAACAGAAAGAUUAUGGCUUCAUGAAGAAGAAGGAAGAAAAACAGAAAGAUUAUCUUCAGCCUGAGUCUCCUGUAGAGAAACCACGGGGAAUGAUGGAGGAUGUCUCAUUGCAGAUUCUAAUAAAAAUUGCCAAAGAAUACAUCUUUCCACUGAAUGAUGAAAAAGAGCAGUGUGAAUCCUUAGCCAGGCUGGUGAGUGAAGCCAUGGGGGGAGCAGUGGAGAAGGAAAAGAUGCACGAGUUUUCUUGGAUUCUGCACCUCAGUGAGCUGAAGAUUCAACUUCAGUCUAAUGUUAUUCCCAUUGGUUUCAUCAAAAAGGGAAUUUAUUAUCACAGGGCACUCCUGUUCAAGUCACUGGCUGAUUGCAUUGGACUGAGCUGCACACUUGUUAGGGGAGACUACAACCGUGCUUGGAAUGAGGUUCUCCUUUUCAGUAGAAAUUCCUCCAACAAGCUGCACUCUUCACAGCCCUGCCGCUACAUAGUAGACCUUGUGCACCAACCUGGAAACCUGUUUCCAGUCAAUAGCCCAGCUGCAGUCCAAUAUCAAACUAUAUAAUCAGUACUGUAUUGUUUAAAUACCACAGAAGGUAACGCUUUGACGUCAUAUUUUGUCUGAUGUGCAUCAACCGAUUUAUAUGUAAUGUGUGUUUAUGUGUACAUGAUGUGUGCAUGGCGGACCUCAUCAGUUGACUAUUUUUUUUUCUACAUAUGCAUAAGGAAAGCAAAAUCGUGUCUAUUGUGGUGUUUCUCUAUUAGACACAGUGAUUCAACCUUUGUACUUCAGCAUGGGUCCAACAUGGUGAAGCAGUGUUUUUGCCAACGUGCAAGCUGUAGUUGUUUAGAAAGUUAAUGUUUCAGCUGGAGAAUUGAAAAUAUCUCUUACAGCUUCAUGGCACCAUCACCAGCCUGGAGCUUUGGAUCCAUGCUUUCAUGUUUUUGAACCUACCAGAAAGAUUUCAUAGUAGAAAUUUAUACUCACCAGACCAGGCAUCGUUUUUCCAAUUUUAUAAUUGUCCAAUUUUGGUGAGCCUGUGUGAACUGUAGACGUACAUUCCUGUUCUGCAUCUGCUCCUGUAUCCCAUCUGCUCCAGGGUCUGAAGUGUUUUGUAUUCAGAGAUGCUCUUCUGCAUGCCUUGGCUGUAUGAGUGGGUAUUGGAGUUACUGUUACCUUCCUAUCAGCUUGAAGCUGAUAGGAAGGUCAUUCUCCUCUGACCUCUGGCAUCAUAAAGCAUUUUCACCCAAAGAACUGCUGCACACUGGAUAUUUUCUUUGUUUGUGCUAUUGUCUGUAAACACUAGAAAUGGUUUUCGGGGAAAAUCCCAGUAGAUCAGCAGUUUCUGAAAUACUCAUACCAGCCCAUCUGGCACCAACAACUAAGGCAAUGUGAUUUUAGUCACUUAAAUCACAUUUCUUCUUUUCUUUCUUCUUUCUUAUGCUCAAUUUGAACUUCAGCAGGUUGUUUUGAUCAUGAGUAGCUACCAUCUGAUAACUCAUCCGAUUUUUGCCUUAAGGAACAGUUGAACAGGUUAUUAUUAUUAUUGUUUGUGUGAUCGUGGCUCAAGAGUUGGGAGUUCGCCUUGU